AUGAAGCUUUCAAAUUUGCAAGAAGGUAAGAAUGCAUUUUUCAAAUCACAUUUUACAUACAAUCCUCAAUUUAAAUAUACUGAUCCUGCAUCUAUCUUAUCCAGGCACCGCCAAACUUCCAACAGAUUUGUUGGAGUUGCUAUUGAUAUUGUAGAGGAAACACUCCAGAAAUAUGGCAAUUCUGACAUACUUGAACAAGCUACUGGAUGCAAUCUUCUACCAAAGAAAGAUCAAUCAUCGUGGGAAAAAAAGAGUGAAGGAUGUUAUGACGAGAUUGCUGUUAAUCUCACUAAAGAUGUCAUUUCACAAGGCAGUAUGGGAAAUGUGAACAAGAAACCAACAAUGGCAAUUAAUGCCUGCAUGGCACGAGAUCUGUGGCUACAAGGGAUUGGAACUCAUUAUUUUAGAACAUUCAACAACAGCCUCCAACCCUGGAGUAACAGCAAAGGUUGUGAAAAAUAUGGUCUGAAAUCAGCAAACCUGGCAGAAGAAGGCUGCAUCCACAGCCUUUUAUUUUACCCUGCUCUCUCUUUGUGCCAGCAUGCCCUCCUGUACUUGACCGACUACCAAGCUAGCUCUAUGUCCUUCAGUGAACUAUUUGAGCAUUUGGAAAUAUUUGUCAAAGACCCACAUACCAGGUGGCAUUACUGUAAAGGGACAAAGGGGGGCUUGACAGACACUUCUCAGCCAGGCGGUUGCAAUAAGGAUCAGGUGUAUCUUGAAGGAGUUCUGUACAUUCUAAAGCACAGGCAUACCAUAGAUUUCAAUCUUUUAAUGUCAUUGGGAAAGGUUUCCUACGAGGACAUAGACCAUCUUAAAAACAGUGCCAUGCUUACAGAUCCAAGGAUCCCUCAGUUUCUCCAGGACAGGAACCGGUACACGAAGUGUCUGGAGAAGAUAAUGAUGGUCAAUGGACUAACAGACACUUUACUAAAAACGCUUAUUUAUUGAGCAUGGAGCAAUAUAGAGCAUCGGACAGUUUUACAUCAAGUAGUACUUUCAAUUACUUUCACGGUACAAUGACCUGGCAAAAUCUGGCUACCUGCCAUGAGUUGUUGAAUCCCUACCUGCCAGCCCACCUUCACUGCUAUUCGUCUACCUUCAGCUUGACAUAUGCCAGAGCGAGAUGCAGUGGAAAUCCUGAAAAUUCAGCCACAUCCAA